UAUAUCUACCAGCCUAACUGCUAUGCCUAUCCAAUGGCUAUGAGCUCAGUUAAUGCGUAAAAGAAGUCCAUGGAAUAAUACAUUUCGUUUUAAGUCAUUACAAACCAUUGCAAUGAGAUCGUCAACAGCAGAAGACUCCAUCGUAAUGACGUUUCUGCAGGGCUUUUAAAUGAGCUGAUUUUAUAAUGUCAAAAUAAGAGAUGAAUGAGCUGUGAACCGGCGACUAAUGUCAACUGGCAUUUUAUGAUAUUUUCAUCGGAUGCUGGUGUUAUGAAUUAUAUUGGUGUGGACUGCUCCCUGAUCUUUCCCCUCACAGCUAUAUAGAUCGCCUGCCAUCAUGGACAAGAUUCUAGAGGGGCUAGUCAGCUCCUCUCACUCAGUCCCGGUGAAGAAGGCCAUCGUGAAGAAGGUAGUUGAAGCCGCAGAGAAAGAGGUCACGGCGGAGCAAUGUCAGGCCCUGUACACCCUCACCACUCGCCUUAUCUUCUUGGGCGAAGACGCCUUCCAGAAACAGGUGGGCUUCCAGGUGCUGGAGGCCUAUGCCCGCUACCACCGUGCUGAUUUUGAGCUCUUCUUCAGCAAAGACUUUGUCCUGGGCCUGUUACAACAGGGCUACGGUCCCCUGGACCGCAAGGACCCGGCCAUGGUCAACUACAUCCAUGGCUGCCUGCGGCUGCUGAUCAGCUGCCCCUCUGUGCUGGAUAUCUUCUCCAUCAUCCAGACAGAAAUCCUAAGGAUGGUGUGUGAACGGCCUGAGCCAGCCCUGUGUGCCCGCCUCGCCACCAUGCUCUCAGACUUCAUACAGUGCAUCCCCCGGGAGAAGACGGCCAUUUUGUUCUGCCAGCAGUUGGUGAGGACCAUUGGGUACUUCCACUGUCCUGCCAGCCAGGAGCGGGAGCUGAGGGAGUACGUGGACCAGGUGACCAAGGUCAGCACGUUGCUGCAGAACAUCUGGAAGGCGGAGCCGGUCACACUGCUGCCAUCUCUGCAGGAGGUGUUCGCUAUAAUCUCCUCCACUGACCCCUCCUUCGACCCCUCCAUUGCCCUAGCCAGCCUGGUCCAGCACAUACCUCUCCAGAUGAUCACAGUUCUCAUCAAGAGCCUUACCACCGACCAGAACGUCAAAGACACCAGCAUGACUCAAGCACUCUGCAGGAUGAUUGACUGGUUGUCCUGGCCUCUGGCCCACCAUGUGGAGAUGUGGGUCAUUGCCCUGCUGAAGGGGCUGGCUGCGGUACAGAAGUUCACCAUCCUCAUAGAUGUCACCCUGCUUAAGAUUGAACUGGUGUUCAACCGUCUGUGGUACCCCAUCGUGCGACAGGGGGCCCUAGUGGUUCUCUCCCAUAUGCUGCUGAGUUUCCAACACUCUCCUGAGGCCUUCCACUUGGUCGUGCCACACAUAGUGGACCUGGUUCAGAGUCUGAAGCAUGACGGCCUGCCCACCAGUAAGGCUUUCCUGCUGCACUUCACAGAGCUCGUCCACUGUAUGAUGUACCAGUACUCUGGCUUCCCUGACCUCUACGACGACAUCCUGGAGGCCAUCAAAGAGCUACCUGGGCCCGGUGAGGAGAAGAUCAAGCUGGUUCUGAACCAAAGUGCCUGGACGUCCCAGUCCAACUCGUUUGCCUCAGGCCUGCUGAGGCUGCCGGGCAAGUCUGAGACGGGCAAGACUGGCCUCAUCAACCUGGGAAACACCUGCUACAUGAACAGUAUCAUACAGACACUCUUCUCAGCCACAGAUUUCAGGAGGCAUGUCUUAUCGUUAUGUCUGAAUGAUGCCACUGCCAACACACUGAUGAAGAAACUGCAGCUCCUCUUCACCUUCCUCUCACACACCCAGAGGGCAGCGUACGCCCCCAGAGUCUUCUUUGAGGCGUCUCGGCCCCCCUGGUUCAAUGCAGGAUCCCAGCAGGACUGUUCUGAGUACCUCCGCUUCCUCCUGGACAGGUUACACGAAGAGGAGAAAACCAUCCAGGUUCUCAUGACAGCCAAGCCAAAUGUCUCCCCUGGCAACGGACCGAGUGACAACACCGGGGGUGAAACCUCUGCGGAGGAUGCCAGAGUGUCACCCGUGGCCCCUGUGGAGGGGAAGUCCGAGGGGAAUGAUGAGAGGACGCUCAUUGAGAGGAUGUUUGGAGGCAGGCUGAGCACGGGUAUCCGCUGUAUGACAUGCAACAGCGUCUCGGAGAAAGAAGAACCUUUCACUGACCUAUCCCUGGCUUUCUGUCCCUCCAGCCUUCUUCAGAACGAGGGCCCCUGCCAGGGGGCUGUCAAUGGGGGCAGCGAAGCUCCCGAAAUAGGCCCUUCUCCCAAACCCGUCACGACCUCCACCACCAGCGUCCAUUUUGUUCCAGGGUCCAGCGAGCCACCGCUGUCUGUUCCUGACCUGGUGGACUACUUCCUGGCGCCAGAGAUCCUGGACAAGGAGAACGCCUACUUCUGCCAGAAGUGUGGCUCGCUGCAGCGGGCGGAGCGGGGGAUGAGGGUGGUGGCGGCGCCCGAGUACCUCAUCCUCACGCUGCUGAGGUUCUCCUACGACGCCAAGUGCCACGUGCGCCGCAAGAUCCUGGACAACGUCACCAUCCCGCCGCUCAUGAGACUGCCCGUGCACGCCCCUCCACCCAAACACUCUUCGCCCUCUUCCUCGCCACCAUCCUCUACACUCCAAGUGGACUCGCCCGAGAGCAGCGAAAACCUGGCCAAGAAACUGAAGCCGUCACAGAGAGAGGAGGAGGAGACUGGGCUAGAGGGCGACAACGGGAUGGCAGGAGGAGAAAGUGAGGUAGGGGUGUGGCCGGCGGCCCAGUUCGUUCCCUACGUCCUCAGCUCUGUAGUGAUGCAUUCUGGGAUGUCGUCGGAGAGCGGCCAUUACUACUCCUACGGCCGCAACCUCAACGGGGCCGAUGGAGCCCAACACCACCUAGCCAAUCCCCUCGCCCUGGGGGAGGAGUCUGGGAACGGGCAGACUGAGCCCAUCGCACUCACUUGCUCCGGGGCGACUCAUCCCAAACAGGAAGUGGAGGUGUACGGAGGCCAGGCGGCCGGGGAUUGGCUGCUGUUCAACGACAGCAGGGUGACGUUCACUUCGUUGGGGUCGGUUCAGAACGUCACCAACCGUUUCCCCAAGGACACGGCCUACGUGCUGAUCUACCGGAAACAGGAUGUUACCAGGGGGCAGAACAGUACCGGGGGAGUGACGGCCAACGGCAUGAGACUGGGCUCUGAACCUCCGCUGCAGAAAGAACUGAUGGACGCCGUCACCAAGGACAACAAGCUCUUUUUACAGGUGAGAGAAGGGGGUGUGAGGAGUUACAGUGUAGUGAAUGAGGAGUUACAGUGUCGUGAAUGAGGAGUUACAGUGUCGUGAAUGAGGAGUUACAGUGUAGUGGAUGAGGAGUUACAGUGUAGUGGAUGAGGAGUUACAGUGUAGUGGAUGAGGAGUUCCAGUGUAGUGGAUGAGGAGUUCCAGUGUAGUGGAUGAGGAGUUCCAGUGUAGUGGAUGAGGAGUUCCAGUGUAGUGGAUGAGGAGUUCCAG